AUGCUCGAAUUCUUUACGUACAAGAAGGUCAAGAAGCACAACGCGCAGAAGAAGGCCAAACAAGAGGCGGAACACGCGAGAGCUUCAGGCGACGAUUCUACGACCGCCGAUGAGAUAAAUAAUGGCACAUCCAAGCUGCUAAAAGGCAAAGAACGCGACGACGGCAGCGGCAACGUGGAUGUCGUGCUGCACGAAGACGAUGAGCGCUUCAUCGCAGACCUGCUCGCCGAGCAUGACGGCCCCGCGCCGCCGCUACCACCCCGCGUCGACGUUUCCGACAUUGACUGGCACUCGGACAAUGAAGCCGUCAUAGCCGCCGAGGUGUCCAAGAAGAACGAGGCGGCGGCCAAGGACGAUGCCGCAGCCAAGACGGCGACGGCGGCGGACAAGAAGCCCAACCGCCUGUCCAUGCUCUUCACCCGCCACAAAAAGGCCGAGGACGGGCUGAAGCCGGAAGACGCGCAGCUGACCGUCUCAGAGGCCGAGCGCGAGAAGAAAGAUCUCGGCAACGUGCUGGACCGCCUCAACCUCACGGCCAAGAACAACAAGAUUGUGCCCGCCGGCGAGGCGUCGGCGCUGCUGGCGCGCUUCACGCAGGUCUUCAAGGAUCUCGUCAACGGCGUGCCGACGGCCGUCGACGACCUGACGAGCCUCGUCGAGGACCGCGACGGCGCCAUCGCCAAGGGCUUCGACAAGCUGCCCUCGUCGCUCAAGAAGCUCGUCACGCAGCUGCCCGACAAGCUCACGUCGACGCUGGGGCCUGAGAUCCUCGCCGCCGCGGCCGCGAGCCAGGGUAUCAAGGCCGACACCGACGACGGCCUCAAGGGCACCGCCAAGAAGAUGUUCCUGCCCCAGAACAUCACCGAGCUCGUCACCAAGCCUGGCGCCGUGGUGGCCAUGCUGCGCGCGAUUGUCGAGGCGCUCAAGACGCGCUGGCCGGCCUUUAUCGGCAUGAAUGUCCUCUGGAGUGUCGCGCUGUCAUUGCUUCUGUUUGUGCUGUGGUAUUGCUACAAGCGCGGUCGUGAAACCCGCCUGGAGCGUGAAAAGACGGAGGAUACGAUUGACGAUAGUGAGCGCUUUGAAGAGCUCCCGGAUGACCCCACGCUGCCCGUACCACCUCGUACAGAGGUGACAGCUCCGGAAGAGACCACGGCGACUUCUUCUGGCCGCGAGUUGAACGAAGGGGAAGCAGUGGCAACCUCUAGCAAGACGCGAUAA